AUGUCGCUCAACGGCCUUGACGACCCCAAGGUCACAGAGGCCUUCCAGGCCGCCGCCGCUGAACCUGGAGGCUGGUUUCUACUCAAAUACACUAGCCGCGACGAAAUAGACAUCCUCAACACUGGUGUUGGUGGCAUUGCCGAGCUUCGCACCAGCAUUGAAGAGUACGACGAGGAGAGCCCCCUGUACGGCUACAUCAAAUACAGACGUCGCAAUGUCGUCCUCAAAUAUCUCCCCGAAGACUCAUCACGCUUAAUACAAGCUCGUGUUGCCGUCCAUUUCAACUUUGUCUGUGAGAGAUUCUCACCGUACGACACCGUUUUCGAAAUCGAUUCUGCCAACGCCCUCACCGAUACGAAGUUGUCCGCCGCCUGCUCUCUACAUACCGCCUCAGGCUCGACUGCCUCCUCUACAAGCUCUCGCAAGAAGCGUCUAGUUGAGAUUGCCGAGGAGGAUGAGGACGAUCAGCCAGCUUCUAAGCGCAAGUCAGUCACUGCUGAUGCUGGACCUCCCAAAACGCCCGUGGACCCUAGCUGGAGUUUGGACCCAGUCACUCUCAACGCCGAUCUAGCUUCCUCACCUGAGCAAAGCAAAUUCUCUGCCCAGGAUACCACCGAAACUCCUACUUUUGUUGGUGCCGAUGAGCGUCCCUCCACCUCGGACUCUUACGAUCGCAGCCUAUCCAGCUCUUCGUCUUAUCCCUAUGGCAAGCCCAAGGUUAAGCUUGGUCCCCGGCCUUCUCUCGACGUCAAUAUCCGCCCUCAGACUGCCGGCAACUUCAGACCUGUGUCUGCUAUCCCCGCUGGUUACAAGCUUUUCGGCAAAGGUGGCAAGAGGAGCAAGAGCCGAGAGAGCAACAUUCUCGUCUCUCCACAAGAAGAAAUUGCCGCUAUGGAUUUUGGUGUCUCUGCCGACGCCGAUGAUGCAUCCAAAGAGAAUGACGACCCUGCACUAACCUCGCCCACCUCCGAGACAACCCUCAAGCCCACCAAGAAGAUAUCCCCCGAAAAGGCACGACUCAAAAAGGCUAUGCAGCUCCGCGAAAAGAAGCGACUGGCUGCUCAAAAGGCUGCCCAUGAUGGAGACGAUAUGGCUGCCGCCGCUGAGACUGCUGAAGCGGAUGCGGAAGCUAAUGCUGAAGCUACUGAAGAUGCGUCCCUCGGGAAUGACAAAGUCACUGAAUCUGCGGUUGAUGAUCUCCCCGUGGAAACACCCGCAAGUGAAGCAACUGACAUUUUCGUUGAUGCUCAAUCUACCGCAUCCCUCGCCGACCAAGCCUCCGAGGCCACCGCCACAGACUCUCACCCAGCAAGCCCGGCAUUGGGCGACUCGGAGACGGCCGACUCAACAAAGGCGUCAUCCAUCUCCGACGGCACAGAGGAAACUGUCCGCGAAAAGGAAGAAACCGGCGAAACGACGCCCCAGCAAAGAGAGGCUUCUGCUCUCGCUGAGUUUGCUGCGUUGCCUGACACGGAUGUUACGCACAUGACGACGCACGAUCACAUCAAGGCUACCGAGGCUGCCCUUUUUGGCCCUCCCGAAACGGAUGCUGACUCUGCCGAGGAACCAGUCGCAAUUCCAAUUUCCAGAUUCUCAACCAACAACUCUGCUUCUCUGCCAAUCGAAGACUCCGCAGAGCCGUCGGCUGAAGUAGCCAAGGAAGACGCCAAGGAAGCUGACCCGCCCACGGCUGAGCCCGUAGGCCUAGGUAUUCCCCUGCAGCCCUCUGCUCAGGAUCUUCUAGCUGCCACUCGGGCGGCAGCAGAGCAAUCUGUCGAGACACCUGCUGCGGAGGUCUCGCAAGACCCUUUCGCAGCUCCUUCUAUGGUCCCUUCUGACGAGUCGGCUGUCGCUGCCGAGUCUGAAGCCAAGGAGACUAUCGCAGAUGCGAAGCCAGAGGAGAGCAGCGUUGUCGAGCCUAGGACGGAUAACAUUGAGCCCAAGCGAGAGGCUACCGAAUCCGAGAAAGAGAAGCGCAAGGGACUUGUUGACCCCAUCCAGACAACCGGAAUCGAUAAGCAGGUGGAAGAAAACGGAACCUACACUGCCGCGCCUGUCAUUAAAGAUGUGAAUGCCAAACCAUCCAUUACUGAAACGCCAGUCACUCCAAUUACUCCCGACGGUCUUGCGGCCCUGCCCCUCUCUACGAACACCACCCCGCAGCCCUACGCUGCGAGAACUGUUUCCAACCCUGUCCGUAGUAACCUCGUUCCGCCCUCGGAUGGGACUCAGUCUUCGGUUCGCUCCAUGAGCUCUGGAGCUGCCUAUCUACACAAAAUUACCCAACAGCAGCAGGCCAAUGCAAACCUCUCGUCCAAGUCCAAUGUUGGCUCCAGCAUUUCGCAGCGUAUCAAGGCUCUCGAGAAGCUGUCCGCUACCGGCGCCACCGAGAUUCGCCCUGUCAGUCGUGAGCGCCCUCAGUCGACAUUCUUCUCCGUCAAGAAGAGCGAGCCUCUGCGUGCUCCAUCAGUGAUUGAGCGCGCUUCUUCCCUCCGAAUGACCGCUCCUCCUUCGCGCGACGGCUCUGAUUCCUCGCCCGACACGAGCCGACCACAGCGCGGGCGCUCAGGAUCCAUUUCCAACAGACUCUCCAUGUUCCAACCUUCGCCUGACUCGUAUCGUGGCACCCCAGAAUCGAUUUCAGUAACGGCCAAGAUUGUGCGCGACCCUGAACAGCAAAAAAACGAGACCUCCAGAGACACCUCUGGCUUCAACCCAUUGGACCUGAAGCAAUCGCCUCUGUUUGUCAGCCACCAGAAGCCCAAUCACGACGUCAGCGCCGCCACCAUGGACUCGUCAAUUGAUUCGCUCAAGGACGAGGGACGCCGCUCUUCCGUCAGUCUUGUACGGGGCAUGAUGAAGGACAAGAGAACGACCUCGGCAGACUCUGUUCCUGCUGCCUCGCCCCCUCCCACCAACGGGUCUUUCUCGCCUCGUAUGUCUUUUAGCAGCCGCCGAUCAACUGGCAAGGAAAGUGAGGAGGUCCGUUCUCCCGACUCAAACGACGCCCCUUCUGGCGGCGAAGACAAGUCGAAUGAUGGCAAGCUCUCCCGUGCCACUCGCUUCAUGCGCCGUCUUUCCAACCUCUCUGGAACGCGCGGCAAGACCGCCCUCCCUCCCACCGUCAAGUCGCCGCUUGCGCAGGACGAGGACCAGCGUGUCGAAGCGUCCCGCCCGUCCACCACUGGCACUUCGCCCUGGAUUGUCUCGUAUCUGGGCGACGUCAACGUGCAAUUUCCCGACAACCUGCUCUGGAAGCGCCGCAACAUUUGCAUCGACUCGCAGGGAUUCCUGGUGCUCAGCGCCCUCCCCGCGCCUAGCAGCCGCGCUGCGCAGGGCACUAAGCGCUACCACCUAAGCGAGUUUCGCCCGCCGUAUUGCCCAGACGUCGAGGUCCAGGAGCUCCCCAACAGUGUCGUGCUUGACUUUGUCGAGGGCACCAGCCUGCAGCUUGCCUGCGAGGAUCGGGCCGGUCAAAUUAGCAUCCUCAACGACUUGUCCGAUGCCCACGGCAAGCACGCCGCGCAGUUUGGACAAUAA